ACAGGCCCUAGCAGGGUUGAGCUUCCAUGCUCCAAACCCCUGGCCCCACUGCAAACCACGGGGGUUGCCCUCUAGUGGAGGAAGAUGAUGUCCAGAAUAAGUCCUCUCCCCCAGUCCUUCCAUUAUCAAGGCAUUUUGGACGGGCAAGAACCCCGGCGGUCCGCCACAACACUAAACAUCUUCAUCCUGGCAGGAGUUAUUCAAAAGCUCAAUAUUCAGGCAUCUAAAAUGCAGUUUACAUGUGGACGAAGGGCCAAAAGGCAUAUGAAGUGCUACGUUUUAAAAAAAUACCCAGAUACAAAGGGAUCCUCCUUCUCAGGUCACAUGGUCUCGCAGUGAGGUGCAGGACAGGACUGUCCAUGUGAGGAGGGACUCUUUGAAGAGAUGAGCAAAACAAUUAAAAGUGGAGUAGAGUUUUACACGGAGCCUGGCUUCAGCCACCAGUGACAGCAUGGAUGAAAGAUCGGAGCACAUUAAAGAAGAGGACUGUGAGUGGGGUCCCUCCGUGGACGUGUGUACAAAGUUGGAGGAUUCCAAAGGAAGAACUUCAGUGUUUAAGGAGGAGGAAGAGGAAGUGGGUGCGAUGAUGGCUGAGAAUUCAAAAGAUUUCCAAGGGGAUUGGUUCAAGCAAGAUAUAAUUAAAGGCUCCAAUUCCAGUUUACUGCCCUGGGUCACUGCUAUGGGACAACGAGCUGCCCAUCAGGAUUCUGUAGAAGUGAAGCCUGAGUUGUCUGGGUUUAGGGUGAAAAUCGCUGAAGGAAAAGGGAGAGAAGCAGAAGAGCAGCAGUCAUCUCGGAGAGCUGGAAGAAACAUACAGGAGAAUGUCAGCUUCACCCCAUCUUCGGUUACUGAGACGUCUCCCCAUUGCAGACUGCAACACAAACAGGACAAGGAGAAGAUGAAGAAAUCAGCAAGAGGACCAUGGAAUUUGACAGCAGCCUCUUUACAGUGCAGUUCUCUUCCUGUAAGAGAAGCCGUACACGCUGAAUGAAAACAAACACACAGCACAGAUCAAGAGGCUUUGUAUGCUGACCAGGAGUGUGGACAAAUGGGUAAAGUCAAAUCUGACUGCAACAAUCUCACAUCAGUUCAUACAAGAGCAAAGUCACAUUGCUGUUCUGAAUGUGGCAAACGAUUCCCCCAUAACUGCAGGCUCCAGGCACAUAUUAGAAGCCAUAUGGGAGAAAAACUUUAUUGCUGCUCUGAAUGUGGCAAACGAUUCCUCCAUAACAGCAGGCUUCAGGCUCACAUAAGAAGUCAUACUGGAGAAAAACCUUUUUGCUGCUUUGAAUGUGGCAAACGAUUUUCCCAUAACUGCAGUCUCCAAACACAUACAAGAAUCCACACGGGUGAAAAACUCUAUGGCUGUGCUGAUUGUGGGAAAAGAUUCAUCGAUAGUGGCCACCUUCAGAGCCACAUAAGAAUUCAUACUGGAGAGAAACCAAAUUGCUGUCCUGAGUGUGGCAAACAAUUUGUUCUCAGUAGCAAUCUUCAGCAACACACAAGAAGUCAUACUAGGGAAAAGCCAUAUAGUUGUUUGGAAUGUGGCAGAAAAUCUCUCCAUAAUAGCACUCUUCAAAGACAUACAAGAAUCCACACAGGUGAAAAACCAUAUUGCUGUCCCGAAUGUGGCAAACGAUUCACCAGCAGUAAUGGCCUUUGGCAGCACACACAAAUUCAUAUGGGAGAGAAGCCAUAUUGCUGUUCAGAAUGUGGCAAACGAUUCCUCCAACGUGGCAGACUUAAGGCAUAUUUAAGAAUUCAUACUGGAGAAAAGCCUCAUUGCUGCCUUGAAUGUGGCAAGUGAUUUUCUGACAUUAGCAGUCUCCACAGACAUACAAGAAUCCACACUGGAGAAAAGCCCUAUGGCUGUUCCGAAUGUGGAAAAAAAAUCAUUGACACUAGCACUCUUCACAAACACUUAAGAGGUCAUACUGCAGAAAAGCCAUAAUGCUGUUUUGAAUGUUGGCAAUCAACUUUUCCAAAACAGCAGUCUACAAAAUCACAUAAGAAGUCAUACUAAUCUGCCGUUGUGAACUGUGACAGGACAUGUUCCCCUAACAAAAGCCUUCAGAAUAAUUUUAAAGCCAACGAUAAAGGUGACCUAAAUGUGGUAAAGAAUUCUCACAUUAAGUAACAUCCAUUGCCACUUAAGAAUCCACAGUGCAGAAAAGCCAUACUGUUGCACUGAGUGUGGUAAAUGAUUCUCAGACAGCAGUGUACGUUAGGGCUGUAAAUGAAUUCUCAUUUGUAAGAAGCCUCACAGCAGGUCUGAAUAUGCCAAGUGUUUCUUAGACAGCAGGAAUCUUAAUGGCCGCAUAACAAUUCACACUGGAGAAGCCCUGAAGGAGUAACCUGAAGUGUGAAGAAUGAAGGAGUGGAUGGAGGACUGAAACGUAAGGCAGCUAAUUCCUGAAGUCUUGAUGAGUACCUUCACAUGGUGAGGUUUGUUGUUUAAAACUGAUCAUGUAACUCCUAAAAGUAAAAAUAUGUUCACUGAAUGACAGAAAAGGUUCUUCAUUCUGGCUGUAUAUCUCCCAGGAUAAAAAAAAAUAUGGUCUCCCUCUGCUUUGGCUCUCUGGUGGUGGUAGUGAUAGUGUGUCAUCCUCAGAUGAAGAGUAGAACAUCUCCAAUGUAGUUACAGAUGAACAGUGUGGCAGCAGAAAAGGCCAGACCACAAAAGUACAACUGGAGCAGGAAAUUAUGAGGACUGGACACAGACCAGUAGUGAAAUGAAGACAAAGCUGAGGUCAAGUACUCCUACUGUUAGGACAGAAAUCCAGAAUUUCAGCUUAAAGAUGUGCCAGGAGUAGUCAUGGAAAAUAAAUCCUGACAUUCUUUAAGAUAACUGAACCAAAUCUAAUUUCUUCAGUUGGAACAAUUCAUUAAAGGCAGCAAAUAUAUCAAGAGAAAAGGAGAGACAACCAGAAGACAAAGAGAAUAAAGAGAACAGGCAGAGACCUUUGAUGAAGAGAAGAGGAGAACCUCAUAUGGGGUGGCACAUAGGACAAAAUUAAAGCCUACAAAACUAAAUUAGAAAAAAAAACGGAAAUAUUUGAAAAUAAAUUCAGAAAUAAACACUCAAAAAUAAACAGGCACACUCAGAAAGUGAUUUUAACCCAGAAGCUAAAAGUCCUGAAAAGCAAUCAGUUUUCAAAUGAAGACAUGCAGAUAACCAAGAGAGAAGAUUUUGAGGAAUUAAAAAUGGAAUUCCUACUGGCGCCCUACCCGGGGUUUCUUUCCUGCCUUGCGCCCUGUGUUGGCUUGGAUUGGUUCCAGCAGACCCCCUUGACCUUAUAGUUAGGAUGUAGCAGGUUGGAUAUAGAUGGGUGGAUGGAUUCCUACUGGCCUCGGUCUCCACAUUGGUUGGGUUAUCUACAUUAGGGGGGCCAGUGAGACACAAACCCCAGAAUGCCACCAGAUGGUGAUGCUGUGCUCAACUUUUUAAAAAUAAAACUAUUCACAGCAAACUCAACUAAGUCUUCUUAAUAAUUUCUGUCACCAGAAUAUGACCGAGUAAGGUUGAGCCGAAAUUAGAGUUCUAAAGUUCCAGGGGUCUGCUGACACCCACCGCAUAUUAGAUCGAUAACUGGGGAUAUGCGGGCGAAUGUCGCUUUAUAAAUGCACAACGUCUUAAAUGGCAUCGGGCAAUGUCAGGCACAGAAACUGGAGGAGUGAACCUGCUGGAGAACUUUAUUGGACUUUUCAUCCAAAAAACACACACACACAGAUGCUUCAUAGCAAUAAGGGAUGAAAGCUGAAAUGGAGUUCUGCGUUCAGUAAAUGUGAUCCUGAGUAACCUGGUUGGUUCUCAAGUGUCAUGUCAUCUGAUCAAGACUCGGCUGGAGACCCGAAGGAUGGCAACUCCUUCCAACCAAAGUGAGGACAAUAGCAUAUUUUUGAGCUAGUCAUUCAAAGCAUGGAAAAUGAUUGUCCAUAUCCAAGUUUUUAAUGCACUCAGCUCCUUUACAGUGUCACGUUCUAAAUGCUGCAUCGUCCAGAGAGGGAGGGGAACGAUGGUCUGCAUCAGCAGGUGAAAGCAGCACCGUAGACUGGCAGCAAAUCGUAAGAGACUGAUAAACGAUCGAAUGAAAAGCAAGCUGCAUUGUGUCAGCUAAGACUGAGCUGUACAGGCAUUUGUACAGAGCUGACAAUCAGAUCAGCCACCUGUUUCCAACUCCAGCAGCUCAGCUUUUACCAGUGUAGUUGUGUGCUGCGCUUACCAGCACUGCUGCCUAUGAUUUUAGCCUUACUGGUGCAACAAGCAAUUAUUAAUUGAACACCUUGGUUCCAACUAAAUGAUGAGAAUUCAUUAAUUAAAAGUCAAGUUGGGGAGCAGGUACUGGUAUAGUGCUUUGCCGCACUCACUACACAACGAAACAACUCGGGAUCCCGGUUGGCAAACACCCCAGGCAGACACGCAGUACAAUUAAAAGGCCUCCAAUUUUUAUUAGAUCAGAUUAGGAAUGUGAGAAUAUGAGGAAUGUAAAGCAGGACCAGGUGAUGGUCAUCUCCGGGUCAUGCGGCAAGUAUGACCUUCAAGUCCUAACGAUUGUUAUGAAAAGAAUGAUGAUUAUUAGGAGAAAGGUGUUUACAAGGCGAAGUAAUUGUUAUGAAAACAGGUACAGCACGAGUACAUUAUUAGGAAGAUAACAUGUAAAGUGAAUGACGAGAAUUAUGUACAAAACGGGGAUGUUCUGUGAUUAGAACUGAAAUAAAGAUGAGGCGCGCCCAAACCAUCGGGCUCACUUCAUGAACUGAGGCAGGCUUCAUGUGCUCUGCAAUGGUUUCCUAAGCUGUGCAGUAAAGUCUAAAUUCUGAAGACUCCACUCAUUUUUUCUGAAGAUUUCUCCAAAACGUUAUGUCAGAUCAUUUGUAACUGCGGUGUGAGAAACAACAGCUGCACAAAAGAAGAGCAAUGUGCAGUGAUUUGUUUUUUUUUUUGUGGGACAAGGGUGAGACCGGUGGUGAUAUUAAUUGAAGACUCUGUGCACAGUAUGGAAAACAAAAGUGUUUUGACUUGAAGAAGUGUGUAUGAAUGGAGAAUGAAGUUCCAUAGAAGGUCGCACAAGUGUCAGCCAUGAAGAAGGAGGAGCUGGAUGCCCGUCCACAUUCAUGACUGAUGACAACAUUGAGCGUACAGGUAAAAUGAUUCUGUUGAAUAGACG